AUGUGAACAUUUUUACUAUUAAUUCCCUGAAUCUUUUCCCUCCGGAUAGAUGAGUCUAAAACACUGUCAAAAAUUGCUUUUGGCUCUUGCCACCACCAUAAAAGACCUCCUAACCCUAAGAUCUUCUAUUCUAUCACAAAUUGAUCCCCAGACCUUUACAUUUGACUUGGAGAUUCUGUGUAUGCGGACAUUCCCUAUUUUUAUAUUGCCACGUAUCCUAGAAAUUUAAGCUCAUGAAAACAGCUUUAUGAUAAUUUAAAAGAAAAUCCUGGGUACAAGGAGCUGAGAAAUACCACAAUGGUCACUGGGGUAUGAGAUGAUCAUGACUAUGGGAUCAAUGAUGGGGACAAAAAUUUUAUAUUAAAAAAAGAAGCUAAAACACUGUAUUUGGAAUUUUUGGAGGAAGAAAAUAGUAAAAGGCUUGGACAUGAAGGGAUUUAUGAUAUAUUGAGGCUUUAUAAAUACCAAAAAAGCAUUUUAAGCCAUAUUUUUAUAGAAAAUUCUACCCAAAAGGUAUAGCUAUACAUUUGGAAAAAAAGGAAAAUCAAUUAAAAUAAUUUUAAUUGAUAUAAGGUCGUUUCGAGACAAUAAAUGAGAUUCAGAAGGAGACUCACUAGGAGAAGACCAAUGAAAAUGGCUUGAAAAAGAACUGAAUAACCCUGGAGACAUCACAAUCCUAGCAAACGGGCUCCAAAUAAACGCCCAAGAACGAUGAAUAAAGACUGAAAGAUGACAUAGAAAAUCCUACCAAAAACUUCUCUAUUUAUUAAAUAAAACCCCUGGAGUAAUUUUACUGUCUGGAGACGUCCAUAUGGGAGAAAUUCUUAAAAACACAUGUGAGAAUUUCCCUAUUUAUGAAAUUACGUCAAGUGGCAUGACCCAUACAGCUUUUACUACGUUUGGGCCUUUGGUAUGGAUUCCUGCUUAUGGGAUCAUGAGUUUUACUUAUAAUACUGGGCCGAGGAUACUGAAAUUUAAUUUUGGGACAAUUGAGGUAGACUGAAAUACAGGUGAUAUUGAAAUGGCUAUAAGGGAUUCUGAGGGGAAAUAUUUGUUUUUGGAAAAGACAAGUAUAGGCGAACUGUAUAGUAAGCCGAAGAAGAGCUAUUUGUGUGAGAAAAGCGAGGCAUACAGAAGCAGUGCGCAUAUUUUGGCAAUGCUUUUGGUGUAUUUAUUUCCUAUUGCUGAGAUCUGUAUAGCGAUUUUGAUAUUUUUGAGAAAAUAUUCUAGGUCUUAUUAA